CGACGCUUUUCUUCCUCUUUCUUCUUUAUCCUCACAUCGAACGGAAUCACUUGCACCAUGUCUGUCACCUUCGCUUCUCCUUUGGCCUUCACCAUCCUCAACUCCCUCUUCGAGGCCCGCUCCUACGUUACUGGCUAUGAGGUCUCUGACAAGGACACUGAGGUUUUCAAUGCCUUGACCGAAGGACCUAACGAGGCUGCCUACCCCCACGCUGCCCGCUGGUACAAGCACAUUGCUGAGGUCAAGGGUCUUGCCACCAAGGCUGGAGGUGCUGCCCCUGCCCCUGCCGCUGCGGCAGAGGAUGAUGAUGACGUUGAUCUCUUCGGCUCUGAUGAUGAGGUUGAUGAGGAGGCCGAGAAGAUCAAGCAGCAGCGUCUCGCUGAGUACGCUGCCAAGAAGGCUCUCAAGCCCAAGACUAUUGCCAAGUCCAUGGUCACCCUUGAUGUUAAGCCUUGGGAUGAUGAGACUGAUAUGGCUGCCCUUGAGGCUCACGUCCGUUCCAUUGAGAUGGAGGGACUUUUGUGGGGUCAGUCCAAGCUUGUGCCCAUUGGCUACGGUAUCAAGAAGCUCCAGGUCAAUUGCGUUAUCGAGGAUGAACUUGUUUCCAUGGAUGUUCUCGAGGAGAAGAUCAUGGAGGCUGAGGACUACAUUCAGUCUAUGGACGUUGCUGCCAUGCAGAAGAUCUAAAAGCAUCAACCCCCUGUAAAGUCUCUUUCUUUCUACAUAUUACGUAUUACCCGCGAUUGAAUAAAUGGGAUCCUAUUCACAUUGCUUCUAUGGCCAAGGCCUGUCACUACUUAAUAGUAUGCGAUAAUCAGUAUAUUGCAUUAUAUAACAUCUAUCCUAAAAUGCAAAUUGAUGAUUCUACUUUUUAGAGUAGAAAGAAUGAUCCAAAUAAACCCAACGGCAUCUUGCUUUACAAUGGAAA